GUAUUCGAAGGAUAAUAAAAAUGCCACCUCCUUCCUCAUAUCGUCCUCCUCUUGGCUGUUAUCGCUCAGCUUCAGUAAAUCGUAUUGGCCAGAGUACGCAGCCGAUAAAUAACCAAAUUUUCCGAUCGCAGUCUGUCUCUCGAGUUGUUGACCCUUCACCCUAUGGCGUUGCAGGUGCCACCUACAUCCCCUUCCACAGUUUCUCUUCGGUGAAACCAACAUAUUACCGACGUAAUCAUGUUUACGACAAAUACUACUAUUUCUCGCCACGUUACAGACGCACACAAUUUCACCGUCAUUACUACCAUGGACAAAUAGACCAGUACCCCUACCGAUGGAAUUUCCAGUCGAAAGGGACAAUAACUGGUCAAUACUACUGGGUCAGGCGAUUACAAUUUGACCCAAUUGAGUAUGGAGCCUAUCGCUACUACGAUCCUUAUAGACGAUAUUACGAUCCAUACCACGAUUCAUAUAUCAAAUUAUACGACUACAGAUCAAAGCUAUUGGACAGUCUCUAUUAA